AUGGGUGGAUGGCUCAUGCUCUUUGCCAUCAUGCUGCUACGGUUGGUGGCAGCUUGCCCAGUAUCAUGCGUGGUGUGCACCAAAGAUGUAACCCUCUGCCACCAGCUAAGCUAUAUAGUAGCAGCCCCUGUGACUACGAAGGUUUUAGUCAUCACUGAUGGAUACCUAUCCUCCAUAGAGAGCACAAAUCUCCUUCUGUUUAAUCUUGCCCUGCUCUCCCUGAGCAGAAAUGGAAUCAAAGAUGUACAGGAUGAAGCCCUGCAUGGCCUUUCAAAGUUGCGGACACUGUUGCUGGAACACAACCACAUAUCCAGCUCUUCCCUCACCAAUCACACCUUCAGCAAGCUUCAAAACCUGAAGGUUCUGGUACUUAGCAAUAAUGCUCUUCACACCCUUCAAGGAUCCUGGUUCCACAACAACAGGGGCCUGACAAGGCUCCAGUUGGGUGGGAAUCAGAUUUCUAAUCUGACAGACAGGUCCUUUGGAGGCACAAAUCUGCAUAGUCUGAGGCAUUAGGAUUUAUCUAACAACUUUAUUUCCUACGUUGGGAAAGAUGCUUUCCUGCCUCUGCCUCAACUACAGGAAGUGGACCUUUCCAGAAAUAGGUUGGUGCACGUGCCAGAUGUUUUUACUCCACUGAAGCAGUUAAUCCUUCUGAGUUUAGAUAAGAACCCAUGGAGCUGCAGUUGUGAUCUCUAUCCUCUUGCUCAGUUCUUAAGAAACUACAUUAAGUCUUCUGCUCACACACUCAGAAAUGCUAAGGACCUAAAUUGCCAACCAUCUACCACAGUUAUGGCCGAUUCAAAGAGUUUGUUAAGGCUGUCUGAAACCAACUGUGAGUCCAAAGCUCCUAACCUCACUCUGACUCUAAAAGAGAAAAGUACUCUCCUCCCAGGGCAGGAUGUAGCCCUGCUGACUGUCCUUGGCUUUGCAGGAGCUGUUGGUCUCACUUGUAUAGGUUUAGUUAUAUUUAACUGGAAACUACAACAAAGUAAAACAAAUGAACACAUAUCAGAAAACCUUUGUUGCAGAAACUUUGAUGAAUCCCUGUGUGCUCAUGAGGCAAGAAAUUACCAAGCUCAGGGAUACCGUAACUGCCACUUAACUCAGGAAAAUAAGAUAAAGGUCAUGUCCAUUGUGGAGUCCAGAAAGGAAAUACCACUUUCACAGGAAAACAGUCAUCAAGCAGGACUUGUUUCUGAGUCUACAAUACUUGACAGAUCAUUUAGAAAUGUGAAAGAGAAGGACCACAGGGCAGAUAGCUCUUUCUUCUGCCUUGGUGGCAGACUGUUACAGUCAGAAUGUUCAGAGUCUCCUGAGAAUAUGGCAGCUUUUAAUGAAGCGAACUUACUUGCAAGAUACUAUCCAGCAAGAACAAGAAAACUAAGGAAUCAUAUGCCUGAGGAAGUCCAACUUGGAAAUUUGUCACAGCAAAUGGCAACAAUAACAGAUAUCAGCAGUGACACAUUUAGUAGAAGAUAUGCAACAUCCACUUCAGCCUUGGCAACAAAAAGUCUUGAAAAGCAUUUAACAAAUGAAUCAUGGCAGCCUCCAAUAGAAAAAGAAGACAGUGGCUUACAUCCUCACGGGCAGAGACAUGUUAUUACAAACUCAUCUACCAAACCUUGUGGAUCUAAGGGAUACAACACACAAAAGAUCUUAGAACAACAUAGAUCAAAAUAUGAUGAUCCUUGUAGACUGUUAAAACAGAAGAGGAAUAGGUGUUUUCAACCGAACAGUUCUCUUAUCUGUAGAUAUGUGUCCUAUGACCAACUUCAAGAUUAUAUGAAAGAAAAGAAGGCAAAGCAUAGAGAAUACCUAAAGGCCGAGAAAGAACAAAUUCAAAUUAAGAGUGCAAUAGAAAAACUCCUUGUGAGUGAAGACAACAUGGAAUUAUCAGAUUUAUCAACAAAAAUCAAGAAAACACGUACCCCAAAGAAGGUUAUCUUCCAUGGCCCUAAAAAAAACAGGUUGGUGAUGCCAUCCAAAACAUUAAUGCCUUGGAACCAGCAGAAAGAUCUGAGUAACCACUUCACUCACCUAAAUGUCAAAAACUAUAACAAUCCUCAGGAGAAAAGUAGGAGAAAUUGGUUUACUGAUUCACAGAUUCUGAAAAAUAAGAGAAUCAAAUCUGACUUGAAGGGGAAAACUAAAAGAAAACAUUUAAAGAUAAAAUUAAAUUUACAUCCUUUUAGAAAAGUUAGAGUCCAUCCAGAAAAACCCUUGCCAGAACUCUCCAAAAAACACAAACAAGUACUGUUUACUUCUAAUAAAUUAUCCAAAGCUUCUAAAAAGGAAGCCCAAACAAACCUUCUGUCCUCUGCAGAUUUUUCCCAAAAGCUAGAGAGCAACAAUUAUAGGAGACAUAUUUCAAAGAGGGUGCAUCUCAAACAAAUUCCAAAGCAAAUCCCCUAUUACAGAAAAAACACUAAAGAGGCCCCCCAUUUCAAUGCUAACACCUUGCCUAUAGUUAAACAGAGCCCUAUGAGUGGCAACUAUUAUCCUGCUGGUCACAUACCAGUUGAAAACUCAUCAGCAUCUCAGCCCAGUCCCAGCAGAGUUGAAUACAAGCACACACAUUUUCAAUCUUUAAUUGAACAAAUGCAAGGUGAAACUCAUAUCUCAUUGGAAGUUCCUAGUAGCUUAUCAGCUUCUUGGAAAAACACAGCAAGCGAUAUCUUACUGCCCCACUACAGGGAAGCUACUGGCCAAGGAAAAACAGAGGUCAGUGAACAUUCAGAACAAGACAAGCCAGAGAUGACUGAGUUAGACCAGUCUUCAUUGUCCUUGGGGAAUCAAACACAGCUUCUAGGUGCCCAUAAAACUGAUACCCACAAGGAACAUAAUUCAGAUCACAAUCACAUUUUUCAACAUGUAGAGCAAGAUUCAGGUCAUUUUACACAUCUAGGAGCUAGAGAAGAAACAUUAGUGACAGACCCAAAAAAAGAAUAUAAAAUUGUAGAAAAUUGUAUUAUAGAUGAAGGAAAUGAUGUUGAAAAAGAAACCAAGACAGAAACUUAUGAUUCCUCUUUCAAUCUACAGUCAUAGUUCAAGGGUAACCCAACAUUUAUGAAGACAAAUUCUGUUCCAUAUCAACAUAGAAUAGAACCUCCCAAGGAUAUCAGUUCUCCUAGUAUUCAAGCUAUUUGGCAUCUAGCCAAAGGUAGUGAAAAAUACAUUGACAGCACAAAUACAUUGCUGAGUGAUGAUGGCACUGAAGGACUAGAGAUAAAAAUAAUAGGGACAGACAAGAAAAGUGUGUUCAAUAGAAGUGAUGCAAAUUCCAGUAUGUCAAUUGAGACCACAAAGACAUUAGAAUGCACCACAAAGAGAGUCAGGCGGUAGCACAAAUGCACCACAAAAGAAAAGCAGUAAACCUGGGAUGAUGAAAAAGGUGAAAAACAGGUAUUAACUGAUUCAAAUUCUGCUGUAGCAACGAUUACAGUUAAAAAUUUGAGUACUACAACUUUUUAUGCAACUGAAACACACUGUCCUAGUGUAAAAUAUACUUAAAGUAAUGGCAAUAUGCAUGAUUUAAGAAAUGUUCAAAGUAUUCAUCAACCAUAUAAAGACUACAGUGUACACAAAGACAAUGUAAUGACAACGAAGACACAUGAAGCACUUACUCUCUUACCAGUGUUAAAAGACAGCACUGAUCAUGCAAAAAUAGAAGUGCCUCUAAUUUGUGGGAAAAUAAAUGAAACUGAAAACUUAACUCCUAAGCCUAUGCGAUAGCCAUUAUCUGCUGAACAUGUAAAUGCAUUACCUUUAGAGGCAGAACAAAGUGAAGAAAAUAACUCGAAUAAUAAUCAUUUUCUACUUUACCAUUCUUCAAAAGGAUAA